UUUUUAGUUUUUGGUUUUUAUAAUUGAUCUAGUUUAAAGCAGUUGUUAUGAGGUGCAAACCUUAAUCAGAGGAAAACAAAUAUUGAUGCAGUGUUGAAUAACGUCCAAGAAAUGCAUGCCGCCUGAUAGAUAGGAAAAACUAUCUUAAGCAUUGUUUGGAAACGAAUAAAAGCGGUUAAAAAUUGAUUUACCCAAAAAUAAUCAAAAUUAUAAGUGAACGAUUGCAAAAAGCGAACUAGAUUAAGAACAAAAGCAAUCAAGCAGUCAUCAUGCAGUCGUAGCGUUCGGAAUACGCCUAUAAUAACGCUGAGACAAAAGCAAAAGAUUUCGCGCCGAAAAGGAGGACGGCGAAAAAAACACUGAAAGCGUUGCGAAAAACUUACAGAAAACCGAUUCUAAAUGGACUCUGUUGCGGGGAAAAUGUUCACAAAUUAAAAGCAAGUGCGUGCGGUUGUAAUUGUGAUCCGUAGAGCCCGUACCGCCCCGCCGCCGCCACCGCCCCGCACCCUUGCCAACAACACACAUACAAAACACAAACACACACACAAUGGCACCAGCGAAAAAACGCGAGAAAGACAAUAAUGCAGAUGGCGCGGCCACCAAUGGCCUAAAUCUAAACGGAAUGGCCAACGGAGCACCGGAUGCGGGAAAUGGAGGCUCCACUGUAUCGCCGGCAGCCGAGGUUCAGAUCAAACUCAAUGGCCACCAGCAGGAGCAGGAACUCUUUUUGCAGGCCUUCGAGAAGCCCACGCAGAUAUAUCGCUACCUGCGAAACCGACACGAGACCAAUCCUAUCUUCCUGAACCGCACGCUCAGCUACAUGAAGGAACGCAUGUCAAGGAACAACAAAAAACGUACCGGCUUCCAGGUGAACUCCAUCUUGGACAGCAUUACCCAAAAGUCGGAGGCUGUGAGCCAAAACUACCUGCACAUCAUCUACGAUUCGCUGCAAGAGAAGCUGCAGUCGACGGCAACGGGCAAUGAUUCGGGCGAGGAUUUGCUGCAGGAACAGCUACUUUGCGAACCUGGUGAGUCGGUGAGCGUGGAGACGACGCUCUACAAGAUCACACGCAGCAAGCGCAAGGACAGCACGCUGGACAUUCAGGAGCUGCUCAGCAAGAGCUCACAGAUCGUGUACAAUCCAAAGGAUCACGUGGUGGAGCACGCCACCAUCAGCAUUCCCCUGCAAACGAUGCGGCCAAUGGGUGAGCAGCAUACGCUGUACAAGCUGCUCUUUCGCAUCAAGGUGCUGGCGCCAAGCACAUGCAACGAUGAGAAUGCAGAAACUCCACCAAACAAGCGAUCGCGUCGCAAUGAAAAGAUGUUUGGCUCGGAGCUGAUACUGUACGAAAAGUCGAGCGGCUUUAUCACCGAAGGCGAAUACGAGGCCAUGCUGCAGCCGCUGAACACCACCAGCAUUAAGUCCUUCUCACCAAAGAAAUGCACCUGGGAAACGAUGCCCGAUAGCUACAUUCCACUGUCGUUAACCUACGAUGUCUACCAGCAGAGUCCCAUGCUCAAGUUCCAUCUGACACUGUCCAAUGAGCAGCUGCCCGAGAUUAUUAAGGCGCCGGAGCUGCAGCGAUAUGUCCAGCAUCUGGAUGCGGUGGCCGAGAUGAAUCACAAUAACAAUAAUUACAGCAACAAUAACAACUGCAGUGGCUUGAAGAACGGCAGCACCUUGUGCAAAUCCACGCCGGAGCACAUUCAGAUCGUCUACAAUUUUAUGUACAGCAACAAUACACGCCAGCAGACAGAGUACACGCAGGAGCUGAACUGCCCGUGGUGCGGAUUGGACUGCCUGCGUCUGUAUGCCUUGUUGAAGCACCUUAAACUCUGCCACGCGCGCUUCAACUUCACCUACCAGCCGGCUGGAAGUGGGGCGCGCAUCGAUGUCACCAUAAAUGAUGCCUACGAUGGAUCGUAUGCCGGAUCGCCUUACGACCUGGCCGGACCGUCGGGCUCCUCGUUUGCCCGCACCUGCGGACCGGUGAGACGCACCUCGGUCACCAGCCUGAUGGUCUGCCGGCCAAGACGCCAGAAGACCUGCCUGGACGAGUUCCUGGAACUGGACGAGGACGAGAUCAGCAACCAGCGUUCGUACAUCACGGGUCACAACCGACUUUACCACCACACGGAGACCUGCCUGCCAGUGCAUCCAAAGGAGCUGGACAUCGACUCCGAGGGCGAAAGCGAUCCGCUGUGGCUGCGCCAGAAGACCAUCCAGAUGAUCGACGAGUUCUCCGACGUGAACGAGGGCGAAAAGGAGCUGAUGAAGCUGUGGAAUUUGCACGUGAUGCGUCACGGAUUCGUGGGCGACUGCCAGCUGCCCAUUGCCUGCGAAAUGUUCCUCGAGGCCAAGGGCAACGAGAUUGUGCGCAAGAAUCUCUACCGCAACUUCAUCCUGCACAUGUGUUCGCUCUUCGAUUACGGCCUGAUUGCCGCGGAGACGGUCUACAAAACGGUGCAGAAGUUGCAGGGCAUGCUGAGCAAAUAUACAGCCGGUCAGGAGCUGAUGCAGCGGCAGCGCGAGGAGCAGCUCAAGUUCUGGCUAGAGGUGGGCAUGCACAAGAAGGUGGAGGAUCCGAAGACACUCAAGUCGCCGCAAAAGCCGGCACCGGCCGCAGACCAAGCAUCUACCUCCUCGGCAUCGAACUCGGGAAACGGAGCCUCCAGCAGUUCGAUGCAGCCGCCAAAGCGGAUGCCGGCCCAUCUGAAGCGCGGCGGUGCAACAUCGACCGCUGGCGGUCAGGGGAAGGCGAGCGAAAACGGCAGCAACAGUAGCAAUGGCACGAGCAACAACAGCAAGAACGUGGCCAAGAAGAGUGCCGAUCAGCCAUUCAGCACCUUGGCGAACACUAGGGAGCGGCGAUCGGAUCCUGGCCAGAAGCGCAGUGUCAGCGGAACGCGACUCGCUGCAGCUUCCACCGCGAAGCGCAAGCUGAACGACAAAGAUAAUGCAGCGCUGAACAAGCGACAGCGCUACAGCGACGGAAGUGCCGGGUCAGGAAACGGAAGUGGAGCAGCCAGCCGCAACAGAAGCAAUAACCAUUCACUGCCAGCAACCAGUAACAAUAACAACAACAGUAGCAGCAGCAGCAGCAACAGCAAACGAACAAUCGCCCGACGUCGAUCCAGUUCGGAAAGGACCAAGGCGAGCGGAUCGGCGGGAGGCGUUCGCACCAGGCUAUCGGUGCCGUCGAAAUACGAGAGGCGCUGACGCAGGCGCCGCCGCUGCUGCUGCUGCUGCUCCACCUCCUCCUCGUCCUCAUUGAUCGCCUCCCGUUGAUUCACAUCCAUCGCAGAGCUUAGUUUGCUUAAUUUUUAGUCGCCAACCUUUUUGAACGCGAUGCCAAGCCAGGCACUUAUUAUAAACCAUUAUCUUUAUUGCUAUGUUUCUAUUAUGUUGUGUUGUAUUUAGUUUUUGAUUUAUAAUGUUGGACAUUUGUAAAAACAAAUACCUUGUCGGAUUUCGCAUUGACCUCAAAAUUGUUUACGUGGUUCGUUGCUUUUAACGCCGACUCUUUUAAGCCUUCACUUCAGUUGUACGCCAAAAUCGAAACCUAAAAUCAAAUAUAUUUAACUCUAAUUUGCCAGUUACUUAACAAUACAGAAGAUACAGGGGCAUUUUAAACGCAAAAAUUCAAAACUAAUUUGAAUUAUUUUGAAUAUACUUCAGAUCUUGUUCAGCUCAUGUAAAUUCACCUUUUGUGGCAAAGAAAUGAGACAAAUUUAUCAUAUGUAAUUAGGGCAGAGUGUAUACAAAUAUAUAUUUACAGCAAUAAGCAAAUCUAUUUUUAAAGCUAAAUGCGUACUUGACAAGCAAAACAUAAUUCCAAAAUCACAGAAAAAACAAACACAAAUUAUCACUAGCGCCUACACUUACAAUUAAACAUACGUGCAUAAAUAAAACUUCACUUGAAAUACACUCACACGAAAAAGGAUACUGCUAAAAGCCACUGAAUAAAGUAUACAUUUAUAUUUUUACAGUGCA